AUUGACGUGAAAUUUGGGGCAAGAUUCUUGGCGUUAUAUAACUUUUCAAAGUUAAUGCUUCAGUCAUUACCAAUGUUUUUGGACCUGGAGGAACCAAUAGAACUGCAGAAGGGUCUUUCGUCGAUUUUCUCUUUGUCGAUCGUCCACCGAUUUCUCUUCCACCGAUCGUCCGUCGAUCUUUUCCUCUGUCACUACACUUCUUCUCUUUCGAUAGAAAAGCAACAGACAGAAGCAGAACGAAGCUACCACCUUCAAUCAAGAGAAACUACGCAGCAUCAGCCCCACAGUGGACGACGAUCUCGCGGCCAGUGCGAUCUCGCGGCUAGUCUCGUGCCAGACUGCAAGCAGCUUGGAAAAGAGAGCAGUAGGGCCAGGCAUGCAGCGGUGGUCGCUAUGGAGCUUGAGGAAGACGAAGAUGAAGACGCAACAAAAGAGACCGAUUGUGGAGAUGUUGAGAAGGUACUGGAUGUUGCCAUACCAGGCGCCGUCCAUUCCGACGUCGCCGUUGAAGGCAGGGGAAGGAGGAGGAGAGGGAGUUUGGUUCAUUGGGGCGGGGGAUUUGGAGAUUAGGGUUUGGGUGAUUGGGUUUUGGGAUUUUGAUUCAUGAAGGAGAAACUAACCUACACAGUAAAAUUCAAUAAAAAUGUCAAAGAAAA